AAGGAAAGAAGGAGGAUCCAGAAAUAGGGAAAUAAGCCAGGAGGUCCUUAUUGCUCCCAGAUCGAGAUGUCGGAGUGAACUACAGUAUGCAAACCCUGGAGCAGAGCUGUGUAGGUGUAAAGCUGUGGAUCACAUGUUACAGCGUGUCCACUGGAUCAGGUAUCACAUCAGAUCAGCAGGACACACAGCAGGCUGGUAGAGUUUAUUAGGGACAUAUAAACCAGCGUCUGGUUUUACUGCAGUGUAGUCGGGUCAAACUGAAACCAAAAAAGAAAAAAAAAAAAAAAACAAGCACAUUCUCGGAACAGCACUGAAAUGUCAUCCUGCUGCGUUUGUGUUUGGGGGAAUUUAGUUUCUUCUUCUCGACUCCUGGUCUUCUGACUCUGCCAUGGAAAGCAUCAAGCCUGAGAAUCAAGACGUCAAGAAGUUUCCUGAGUGUUUAGAGAGGACCAUUUCAGCUCUCACCGUGGACGAUGUGUACGACAUUGCCAAGUUAAUCGGCUCGGAUGUGGAAAAGCUCAUCGACAGCUAUGGCAAGACGAGUGUGGAGAGUUUGGUGCCUAAAAUAGUGAAAGUCCUGGAGCUCUUGGAGAGUUUCACAGCCAGCUACUACACACAGAAAUGUAAAGAAGAGGAUCUACUGAGGGCGUUUGAAACACUACAGGUUCAACAGCAGGACUCUUAUAAGACAGACACUCGACAGGAAUGGCAGCAGAAGGAGCAGAAGUGGAGGCUGGAGCUGGAGGCGUUGCAGAAGGAAAUGCUGCAGCUACAGGAGGAGAACCAAGAACUGCUGGGUCGUCUGCAGAGUUCCCUGUCUAAAGAAGACCGUACACAGCGUCAGGAGAGAGAGGUGAUGCUCAAACUUAAAGACGUGGUGGAUAAACAGCGUGACGAGCUCAGAGCCAAAGUGCUGGAGAUAUCCAAGAUGUCUAAAGAGGUGGAAGCGCUUCAGGAGCAGUUGGAUCGCUUUAUGAAGAUGAACGGAGAGCUUAGGAAUAAACAGAGCAUGAUGCAGGCUCAGCUGAAGAGCACCGCAGAGAGGAAAGCAGACCUCGAGGCUGACCUGUGUGAGAAACAGAAAGAGAUCGAGAGACUCGUCACGCAGCUGGAGCAGGCCAAGGCAAACACUGCUCCUAACACGAACAGUCCAGCCCUUGACAUGACUUAUAAGAUGAUCAUUGACCUGCGGGACCCGAAUAGGCCGUGUUUCACAAAACAGGAAGUGCGAGACAUUUUAUUUGAGAGGAAUGAGUUAAAGGCCAAUCUCUUCCUGGUGCAAGAAGAGCUCACCUUCUACCAGCGGGAGAUCCUGAAUGAUGAGAGAUGUCCUGGCUUCUUACUGGAAGCAGUGCGUGGCGCUAUAAAGAAACAGAGGACCGUCAUUAAGGCCAAAAUGCUGGGUAUACCAGAGGAGGAAUGCAGCAGUGAUGAAGAGAAAGGACCGUUGUUUGAGAAGAGAAAGGGUGAAGACUGCCCUGACAGCAGAACUCCAGAAUCACGCAUCAGAACCCUCUUUGGCUACCUGAGCCGCUCGGGCAGUGAUCGGAGUAGUCAUCAGAUCAACAGUUCUGCAUGGGAAAUCAUCAACGCAGACGGGCCCGUACCUGAAGUAGAGAAUGGACGUGGAGGCUCUCACUGAGAACCGAAGCACAGCAUUAAGUUUUUCCCCAUUCACAGCACCAGCGAAGAGUGUGGACCUAACCAACUAAAUAAAAACAUAUGCACAGAGCUGUAUAGCUCAACAGGCUAAACAUUAAACAUAAACAAGCAAAUUAGUUAAGGGUUAAUGUUGUUUUGUGCCAAAAGGCUGUAAUUUCAGACCCCAGAGCUGCUGGACUGAUAUAGCUCGUCCCCAGUAUUUUAACUUUUUAGGAUCAAUGUACAGACGCUCUGACUGAGCUUCCUUCCAAGUUAUUCUAAGAAAAUGGAGAAAAGAAGAGAAUAUAGAUCAUACAAUAAUCAGUAAUAAUAACUACGUUUGUCUCAGAAAUGGUGUUUAUUAAUCAAACAUAAAAAGAAAGCACUGGAAAUUAGCAACAAUGUUUUAUUUUGUGUACUAAACAUCUGUAUGGGCGGCACGGUGGUGUAGUGGUUAGUGCUGUCGCCUCACAGCAAGAAGGUCCGGGUUCGAGCCCCGUGGCCGGCGAGGGCCUUUCUGUGUGGAGUUUGCAUGUUCUCCCCGUGUCCACGUGGGUUUCCUCCGGGUGCUCCGGUUUCCCCCACAGUCCAAAGACAUGCAGGUUAGGUUAACUGGUGACUCUAAAUUGACCGUAGGUGUGAAUGUGAGUGUGAAUGGUUGUCUGUGUCUAUGUGUCAGCCCUGUGAUGACCUGGCGACUUGUCCAGGGUGUACCCCGCCUUUCACCCGUAGUCAGCUGGGAUAGGCUCCAGCUUGCCUGCGACCCUGUAGAACAGGAUAAAGUGGCUAGAGAUAAUGAGAUGAGAGAAACAUCUGAAUUUGUAACUGAUAGUGUACUUUUAUUUUAGUGUUAAUAUGAUAUACACAAUAAAUGUAUAUGAGGAAACAACAUUAGUGUUAUACAAGAGCUUAAUGUGUUAUGUGUGUGUGUUUUCUUGUAUGAUCUUUAAAGCCAAAGAUGCCAGCUUAUAACAGAACCAUCAGCAAAGAUAAUCACCCUGGUACUCUUUGCUGCCAGCAGGGGGCAUUUCAGUGUUUUAUUUUUUGGUGUUAAUUUUCAGCUAAUUCAUAGGACAAUUGGUUUGUGUUUGUGAAAUGUCUUUGCUUGAAGAUGGUGUUAUUUUAAUGUUUUUUUUAAUUUAAUGUCUGGAAUAGUAAAUCACUAAUUUGUAUAAUUAUAUAUAAUGCUUUUAACCAUUCGUGUUCAGACUCGAUAGCUUUCUUUAAACAAAUUUAAUUCUUUUAGUUUAUGAGGCAUUUUGUUGAAAUGGUCUUUGCAUUUAACUGCAGUAGAACCUGGAUAAAAGAUAAGCUUAUAUAAAGGAUAGCUUUCAUCCUUAAAAUUUUGUAUGAAAGCAGUUUGCCAGCUUAUAUGUAUUGAUCACUGGUUAGGUGAAGAACCUGCUGGUUAAAAGACCUAAACGUUUGUUGGAAGGCUAAAGAGUUUCAGAAAAGUGAGGUUUACUGAGUACAUUGGAGAAGAUUUGUGUGAUAUAAUUGAAAGGAAGCCUCCCUUUUCUUUAGGUACAAUCAGACAGAAUAGUCUGGUGUUCAGAAACAAAGAUGCCAAGACUACACUACCGUUCAAAAGUUUGGGGUCACUUUGAAAUUUCCUUAUUUUUGAAAGAAAAGCACUGUUCUUUUCAAUGAAGAUCACUUUAAACUAAUCAGAAAUCCACUCUAUACAUUGCUAAUGUGGUAAAUGACUAUUCUAGCUGCAAAUGUCUGGUUUUUGGUGCAAUAUCUCCAUAGGUGUAUAGAGGCCCAUUUCCAGCAACUCUCACUCCAGUGUUCUAAUGGUACAAUGUGUUUGCUCAUUGCCUCAGAAGGCUAAUGGAUGAUUAGAAAACCCUUGUACAAUCAUGUUAGCACAGCUGAAAACAGUUGAGCUCUUUAGAGAAGCUAUAAAACUGACCUUCCUUUGAGCAGAUUGAGUUUCUGGAGCAUCACAUUUGUGGGGUCGAUUAAAUGCUCAAAAUGGCCAGAAAAAUGUCUCGACUAUAUUUUCUAUUCAUUUGACAACUUCUGGUGGGAAAUAAAAGUGUGACUUUUCAUGGAAAACACAAAAUUGUCUGGGUGACCCCAAACUUUUGAACGGUAGUGUACCUCUGUCCUGUCAGAGGUAUAUCAGUUUAAACAUACUUCAGCACUUAUCAUUUGCUCAGAUUAUUUUUGUAUGCAUAUGUAUAAUACAUGUCUUUGAGAUAUAAAUUGAAUAAAUCUUUCAUAACUGAUUGCA